UUGCGCGGAGCACGCCGGGAUGAUGGAGAAUUUUUCCGCUCUCUUCGGAGGGACAGACCCUCCUCCGCCUAGCGCAGCCGCCGCGCUAGGCUUUGGUCCGGGAAAACCGGGCGGACCCGGGACUGGGCCGCCUCCCGUCCCUGCGGUGACUCCUGUCGGAGAGGAGGCGGCGCGCAAAGCGGCGACUGCCAGCGGCCCUUUUUACCUAAUGCGGGAGUUACCAGGCACCACUGAACUAACAGGAAGUACAAACCUGAUCACCCACUACAAUCUGGAGCAUGCUUACAACAAAUUUUGUGGCAAAAAGGUGAAGGAAAAGCUCAGCAACUUUCUACCAGAUCUGCCAGGAAUGAUAGACUUACCAGGCUCUCAUGACAACAGCAGCCUGCGUUCUCUAAUUGAAAAGCCCCCCAUCUGUGGGAGCUCAUUCAACCCCAUCACUGGUACCAUGCUGACAGGUUUUCGUCUCCAUGCAGGCCCGCUACCAGAGCAGUGCCGCCUAAUGCACAUCCAGCCACCCAAGAAAAAAAAUAAGCACAAACACAAGCAGAGCCGUACUCAGGAUCCUGUCCCUCCAGAAACUCCCUCAGAUUCUGACCACAAGAAAAAGAAAAAGAAGAAAGAGGAUGAUCCUGAGCGAAAAAGAAAGAAGAAGGAGAAGAAGAAAAAGAAGAACCGGCAUAGCCCUGAACAUCCAGGGGUGGGGAGCUCUCAAGCCAGCAGCAGUAGCAGCCUCCGGUAAAGUCCUACCAAGAAGCAUGAUGUAAAGAGCUCUCUGGGGAGGCGCUACAGAGUUGCUGGGAAAAGGAAGAGACACAAGGAUGGGGGAACCACUGCUGACUCAUACUUCCUCUUCAUCUUAUGGAGCAACAUGUAGAUGAUGACUACUGGGUGGAACUUCUGGGACUCUAUUGGUCUCUUUAUAGGAACACAGACUUUUGCCUGGGACAUAAUGCAGGCUGGUGUCUUCAUAGGAGAGUCCUGCUAUUUUCUUUAUUUUUUUCCUUUUGUAACAAAAUGAUCCUAACUAAGUUGGGAUGUGUCUGUCUCAUGUUUGAAUUAAAUCUCUGUUGGAGGAGAUGCUAAAGAUUUGAA